AUGGCGGCGGAGGCGAUUGCGGAGAUCGAGGAGCUGAUCAAGGUUCAUGAAGUGGGUGAGGAUGAUCUGCAGGUUGGUGCAGCGGGCGGGCAGUCCGGAGAACAAGCUGAUCCGGCGCCGCAUGCGGCGGCGGUGAGGGUGAGGCUGGACUUUUGCUGCAAAUACUGCGAUAAGAAGUUCAGUACCAAGCAGGCUUUGGGAGGGCACCAGAACGCGCACCGGAUGGAGAAAAAUGGGAAUAGGAGUGGCCGCCGUGGUGGGUUCAUGGACUAUGACUUCUUGCACCCUCAUUUUCUGUGCUCUCCUUUGGCUGGGUUUCCUCCACUUCCCGGCGGCGGCGUCCAGGUGAACUACUCGUACCAGGCUCCCGCUGCAACCCCGCCGUAUUUCCUGCCCGGCAAUUCCAUUUCCUCGCCGUUGAUUCCAACCGGCAGGCAGCCCUAUGCUUAUCCAUUUCCACCUGAAACCAGCUCACUGCGCAGUAGGCUGCCGGCGAUGAGUAUCCCCGGCAGAAACAGCUUUCCAGUCCCCGCUAGCAGGCUUGCAGGUCCCAUUGUUAUCAACUCCAAUCCAAUGAAUGCUCCAGAAAUCAACAAGGAUAUGGAGGAUGGAGAACUGGACUUGACUCUCAAGCUAUGA